AUGGAGACACCCAGCCUCAGAUAUUUGCCGAGGAAACAGACAAUGUUGAUAUACAAUCAACAGGCAAUCGACAGCAGAGUAAUCGUCAGUCAAGUACAGAAGAAACAAGCUCGGUUGACCACGAUGAGAGUGAAAAGACAAAAUCAGUAA